CCAGCUGGGACGAAUCAGCAUGUAAUCUCAAAUUACAAUGGCGGAAAUGAAAACAUUUGUUUACUGUUAUUAAAAUAAAAGUGUGUGAUAUGUGUACCAUGGUUUUCUGAUUAAAUGGCAUUUUCCCUGAAGCAAACGCCUGUAUAUAGUGGUGCGACUCUGCUGGUGGAGUUCAGCCUGGACGUGCCCCUGUCCUCCAUGGGCGCCUACUACGUGGUGUAUGAGGGGUCCCAGCAGCGCCACGUCACCACCGCCAGGCUCAUCUCACCCACCAGGCUGCAUUCCAUAGUUCCAAGUCAUAACAUCCCAGAGGAUGUGCUUGUGACCGUUGUUGACUUCCAAGGCAAAGACAAACCAUCCACAACGCUUGCAACAAGCAGUAUAGUGUUUGAAAGGGACGGAGUGCUGCAUCUAGCCCAGUUUCUUAUAGACAGUGUGUUCCAUUUGCAUGCAUUAGAAAAUCAUGAGCUGAUAAAAUCAGAUGAUUUCAAUCUUGCCGAUGAAGAGUUAUCCUCCUUGGACUGGAGGUUAAGGCGUGCAUUGACCUACUUGACUAUACCAGACUGGUGGUCAACGUUAGGAGACGAACUCAAUUCAGAUCAUCCAAGCCCGCGCGAGUCUCUGCUUCACUUUGCCGCCCGCCUGGGCCUAACAAAGGUGGCCCACUUCUUCCUGCGGAAGGCAGGCAGCGAGACGCUACUCACGCUGCCCAACCACCAGGGACAGCUGCCCAAAGACGUGGCCUUGGACAAUGGCUUCUGUGGCCUGGCAGAGCUGCUAUCUGAGUAUAAUCUAAAGAGUCUUCUGCCAUUGGGAGGUUGGAUAGUGAAGGAGGAGGGAAGGGUUCAGACCCAGGACACUGGUGACGUGACCUUGACCUCUGACAUUAAAACUCACCACAGGUCAAUAGAUGAGGACAUAAAGGUACUGCAGGUGAUCCAGCUACAGGUGGACAUAGGGGACACAGAUUUCACCAGCUGCUGGCAGACUGAGUGGCCCACUGCUGUCACUGCGCCAGACAUGACGACAGCUGAUGAAAGCACAACAGACCAGAUGUUUCAAGAAAUUUGUGAGAAAGCAGAGGAGUUGUCUGGAAUCAUUUCAGCUGAUGACUACGGGGACACUAGCGAGGACACAUACACCGACCCCAACCUGGACUCCCAGCAUGCACCAGCGGAGGCUUGGGCAGGGGAGGAGUGUGAGGUUGCCAUGGAGACAGAAGAGGCCACUCACGGGCACCAUGACGGGGAGUCGGACGAUAAUGAGCUCAUGGAAGGCAGUAUUGAGCUGAUCCACGGUGUGAAUGAGCAGCUCCUGGCCAGGAUCCAUGAGAAGACUGCAGGACUGCAGAGAAUACUUGAUCAGUUUAAGAAAAGGAAAAAGGAUUUGAGGGCUGAAAAUCUUGCACGGUUCAGCACGUCGUGUCCCCAUCUAGACGUCGCAGCACGGAACUCACCCCUCCCGGUCAUAGAUGAAGCAGACAUCAGCAGAUCUAUGGUGGACCUUCUGGAUGACAACACAGAUGACUGUAGAGACGGUCCCUCCUCCGUGUGUUCGGGAGAUACCUACUCCUCCUCCACGCCAAACCUAGCCGACAACCCCGUUCAGGUCACGGUAGAUGGGACCACCCUGGAAAGCUCCUCCGAUUUCGGUCUACAGGCCCAGGAAUAUGAUCAGUGUCUGACGGACUAUAACAAUGGCAAUGUUCAGCAAGUGCGCCACAGGAGCCCCCUGCUGGUGAGGCAGAACGGACAAGAAACAGCAGCGAAUAAUAUGCUCAUACAUGGCAGUAAAAGUGCUCAGUUAACACCGGAUGAGGACGACACUGACGACGACUCGUUUCAGAACUACGGCUCAGUGGGCUACCUCAAUUCACCAAGUGACCCCUAUAGACGACAGCUGCAUAGCGUGAGCGAUGUGGCCGAUGGAAAGGCAGCCAGUCUUAAAAGAGAUGGAAUGUCUAGGGGAUCUGCAAACAAGAAUAGAUACAGUGCUGACAUAGAAACCAUGAUGAGGUCAUCCAAGGACUCCCCAGAGGCAAUGUCUCCCAUGGGGUCUGGUGUCCGGAGUUCCAUACAUGGGUUCAUGCACAACAAGAUCACCAAGGCGUUCAGCAUGUCAUCCAUUCCCGCGGCAACCAAUGCUGAGAAGGGCAAAGGGGGAACUUAUAAAGGCAGUGACAAGCAGCUCCCAUCUUACGUUCUCAUACAAAAGCUUAUAGCAGAACAUGAUGCACAAUUUCACAAUGGAGGGAAAAUACCAGAGGAGGAUUAUGAUAACCCAGAUCGCCAUCCAAAUAGCCUGUCUCACAAAAAACAAAAACCAGAGAUAACUCUCUUAGAUUUUUUAAAUGAUUCUUCCAAUUUCACCGAUUCCACCAUUUCUCUGUCACAAAAAACCAAAGAGAAGGAUGAGAAGAAGCGGAAGGGGGGCGUGUUCUCUCGUUUCAAUAGCUACAGAUCAAAAACUAAAAAGAAUAAAGAUAAAGAAGGUAAAGAAAACAAGAACCGUUCGUCCCAACAUCGGUUUGUGAGUGUCAGCUUCAGCAAUGCCACAAGAUGCGACGUCUGCCACAAAGUUCUCAACAACAAGCCUGCCCUUCGAUGCCAAAGUUGCGAAUUAAAUGUUCAUGAAAGCUCAUGUAAAGAGAACUUAACUCCGUGUGACAAGUCAAGGCUAAAGGGCCAGGUGCCCAGACAGUCCAGCACUGAGAAUGAGGCCAUGAUUGGUGGUCCAGAACCAAUCGUGUCAGGUUUGGUCAAUCACAGUCGCAGUGCAUCAUUCCGCGACAACACAACACGGGUACCGGCGGUUUAUGUGGGCUCUGUCUCCCAGCCUCUCUAUGGGGCCGAGCCACCCCUGCAGCCUGAAGUAGCCAAGAUGUACACAUCUCAAGACAAGGGGCAGAGAAAAAGUUUACCGAGCCCAAGCCUUUUUUCGAGUCCCCACAUAGGAACUUAUCUUCAGUGGCGUAGGGCAUCUGUCCCUAAUGUGGAUCGAGCGAUCGUGGAGGAGGAAGGAGACUCUGGCAACGUCUCCCGUCUCUCCCCAAUACAUGCCAGUGCUGACUCUAUAACCCGGUCUACAGAAUCCUUGGAUGAAGUAGACGCAGGUGUUCGCACGUACCAUUAUGAUGAGUCAGAGUUAAACGCCCUUGACUGUCCAAGAACCAGAGAACUGGAGUGAAACAGUGGACAAGAAAAUUCUCAAGAAACUUCAUUCCAAAGACAUCAAAAGACAGGAUACUAUAUGGGAAUUAAUACAAACAGAAAGACAGUACUGCAAGAGAUUAAAAACGCUGCAACUGUUAUUCAGAGACGGCAUGGUGAAUGAGCUGCACAUGCCGCCUCAGAUGGUGAACAGCAUGUUCCCUCGGCUAGAUGACCUCACAGACGUCCAUAUG